UCGGUUCACUUGGAUCGAUGACCACGUAGUUUUCUCGAACUUCUGGAACACAUCGAGCAGAUUUUUGCCUUUUAUCAAGGACAGAAACGCAGUGACUGGAGUCACAAAAUAUGGUCCACUGUGCUGGAUGCGAAAGGCCUAUUCUGGACAGAUUUUUGCUCAACGUCUUGGAUAGAGCCUGGCAUGCCAAAUGCGUGCAGUGUUGUGACUGUAAAUGUAAUUUAACUGAUAGAUGCUUUUCAAGAGAAGGACGACUCUACUGCAAAAUUGACUUUUUCAGACGUUAUGGCACUAAAUGUGGAGGUUGCGCGCAGGGGAUCUCACCCAAUGAUCUCGUUCGGAAAGCGCGAAGCAAAAUCUUUCACCUGAACUGUUUCACCUGUAUCAUGUGCAACAAACAGCUUUCCACGGGCGAGGAAUUGUACAUACUAGAUGAAUAUAAAUUUGUCUGCAAGGAGGAUUACAUGAGCAACAGCAUGGGAAAAGACACAAACCUCCUGUCAAUUACUACGUGCAGUGAUCCGAGCCUAUCUCCAGAAUCUCAGGAUCCACAAGAUGAUUGUAAAGACUCUGAAAGCGGACAGCUGUCCGACAAAGAGACCUGCAACAACGAAAACGACGAGCAGAAUCUGGGCGGGAAACGUCGCGGGCCGCGCACGACUAUCAAAGCCAAACAACUGGAGACGCUGAAAGCUGCAUUCGCCGCCACCCCUAAACCCACCAGACACAUACGAGAGCAGCUGGCACAGGAGACAGGCCUUAACAUGCGAGUCAUACAGGUGUGGUUUCAGAAUCGGCGCUCUAAAGAGAGGCGCAUGAAGCAGCUGAGCGCGCUGGGCUCCAGACGACACAUGUUCUUCCGCAGCCCGAGGAGAAUGAGAGCGCUGCACGCCGACCGACUGGAACCAGGAGAGCUCAUGGCCAACGGACAUUUCUCGUAUCAUGGAGACUAUCAAGGUGACUACUAUGGCCCGGGAUCUGACUACAACUAUUUCUCUCAGGGUCCACCAUCCUCCCAUGCCCAGACUCCUGGUGACCUGGGAUUCAUACUCUCCUCUGGCCCAGCAGGAACCCCUUUAGGGCAUCAUGCAGCACACCACCCCUCCAAUGAGGCACAAUGCUUCAGCGAGAUGAUAUUGCACCACCGAGGGGACUCUCCCAGCCCAGAGCCCAGUGCACCCACCUCCAUCCACAGUAUCUCUAAUGACAUGUGUGACUCCACUCCACCUUUCACAUCCCUGACCUCUCUCAGUGGCAAUGGAUACAGCAAUCAACUGUCUCUCCCUUCCACAGAAAUGAAUGAAGGGACGGUUUGGUAGCUACGGCAGAAGCCAGACUAAUUCAGGAUACAAACAUGUGGAAAUAUAUGUGUGAUUUUUAUAGCAACAAUAUUUCUAUUUAGUUAAUUUAUCAAUGUAAUUUAUCUAUUUAUUUGUUGAUUUGUUUACCUAUUUAUUUAUUUAAUGUAUUUCUCUAUUCUAAGCAGAAUUUGUGUAUUUGAAAGUGGAUUGUCAAAUGUCUAUAGACCUUAUAGCAGUGCUAAUGACAACAACAGUAUAAGAAAAACAGAAUGUUUAUAUUUACACCUGGUGUGUCUGUUUAUGUGUUUCAUAACCUGACUCCUCAAACCUCUUUGCCUUUCAAAGCGUUGCCAUAAUGACACUUGAAAUCACCUCGCACCAAAAUCUUUCUCUGCUUAAACAUGUUGUUACAUUUCUGUUGUGUGUUCCACCAAUUCUGAGCGUUUGCCUUUAAAAGGGACACAAACAUGUUGGGACAAACCCUUUAUUUGUAUGACUUGAAUUAUAAGACAAAGUCUACCUUCUUAAAAUAAUUUCAUAUGGUCAGUGGACAGAGAGCUGUUGUUUACGUAUAUAUUUUCUUUAGGGGGUUAAAUAUCAGCAGUGACUUUAAAAAAAAAACUCUUGAUACUGAAGGAUAAACUUUUUUUUUCAAGCAAGUAACCAAACUUUUGUAUUAAUUCAAUUUAUAUUUGAGUUGUGAUUCACUGUUCUAGUUUGUAUGAUAUUGUGUUUGCACAAAGAAUACACUAAACAAAACCAUAAAUACAUGUUGACAAAUGAAGCACAAACAGAAAAAAUUGUCCUUUUUUUAACAGCACUGCAGUACUGGGUGAAAUUUACUAAUUUGAAGAGGCAGGUCAUAUAUUUUGAUUAUUAAUCUGAUAAUAUCUGGGUUAAUUAAAUAUCCUAAAAUGUGCAAUUGUUCAAUGUUUAAUUUUUUAAUGUUUCAUUUAACAA